UUAUCAUCUCUUUCCGCUUUUUGCUUUCCUCGUCAUCAUUUUCCCAUAUUCUUCAACAACGAUCUAAUCGGACUUUGUACUAUAAAUUUAUUUAUUUAUUUAUUUUUAUUGUUCGACAACCAGUUCAGAAGAGUCAGGGCUUGCGUUUUUGUUAAUGGUGUUGGGAAGGAAAUGGCUGUGGAGCUGAUGCUGGGAUAUGGGGGCAAUAGUGCACUGGCUGCAGGGAAGAUUGAAGAGGACGCUCUUGCCGUGAAGGAAGCCGCGUCUGCUGGGAUUCAGAGCGUUGAGAAGCUUAUGAGAUUGAUGUCUCAAGAACAAUACCAGGAGGCCGUGGCUGAUUCUGCCACGGACAAAGCUACUACGGAGGUCGGUGCUGUUGCGGAUGUGGCCGUCGACAAGUUCAAGAAGGUAAUCUCUUUGCUAGAUAGAAGAAGAACCGGCCACGCUCGGUUUCGAAGGGCUCCUGUGGCGCCUGCUCCUUCUCAGCCUCCGAAAACUGAACCGGUUUCCGCUUUUAAGGUUUAUUGUCCCAAUCCGACACCGAUUGUUCGCAUCUCUCCGCUGCCGAACAAUCUCUCCCAUGUGCACCGAUCCGGCCUUCAUCCUCAGCCCCUGCCUGUUAUGGUGACAAAGAAUGGACCUGGGGAGAGGAUGGAUGCGGCCGCGGCGGCUGCGAGCAUCAAUUUCUCGCCUUCGCCGCCGAUUUCCGCUGCGAAUUCAUUCGUGUCUACUUUGACAGGGGAGACUGAAAGUUUGCAGCCUUCUUUGUCGUCCGGGUUCCAAAUCACGCACAUGUCCCAGGUAUCGUCUGCGGGAAAGCCACCUCUGUCUCUGAAGAGGAGGUGUAACUCGAUGGACGACACGGCCGUCCUCAAGUGUGCCUCGUCUUCCGGGCGAUGCCACUGUUCCAAGAAAAGGAAAUCCAAAGUGAAGAGAGUCACCAGAGUCCCUGCAAUUAGCCCGAAGAUGGCAGAUAUUCCACCCGAUGAGUAUUCCUGGAGAAAGUACGGCCAGAAACCUAUCAAAGGAUCCCCGCAUCCAAGGGGAUAUUACAAGUGUAGUAGCUUGAGGGGUUGCCCUGCACGAAAACAUGUGGAGCGUGCUCUGGAUGAUCCGACGAUGCUAAUUGUCACCUACGAGGGUGAUCACAAUCACUCCGAUCACUCUAUCACGGAAGCAACGGCAGCACUUAUCUUGGAAGAGUAAUAUUUCUUGCAUAACUUUUGUAUAACUUUUGUACAAUUCUAACAACUUUUUUAAAGAUCAACCAUUAGAUAUUUAGGGCUCACAUAUAAAAAAACAGAUUCAAUGGUUGAUCAUAAAAAAAAGUUAUUAGAAUUGUACAAAAGUUAUACAAAAAUUAUACAACAAUCAUUUCUUGUCCUGAAAUCAUCCUAGUCGAUUCCACUCGUCCAAAAGCCCAAAAGAUUGACGGUUGGAUUUGUGUAAUUGUGUAGAAGAAGAUUAGUUAGCUCCUUAUACAAAAUAGGAUUUCUUUUGUUUUCUUCUUUCCUUUUACCGCUUCAAAACUUUGUUUGUUUAGACAAAUCAAGAAAGAAUAGGAGAGCGUAAAGAUGGUGGAUUUUGUGGGGAUUAAUCAUGCAACUCUAGUGUUUUGUUUUCUUUAACCUUCUUAAAGCUGUUAUAUAUUCUUUGGAGUUUUGGUUUUU